CGACUCACAUUCAGACGAUAUUGACUUGGUUUUUGAAAGGAUCUUCGCCGUCAUCGAUGCUUCCAAAACCUGCAUACUCCGUUACUAGGAACACUCUUAAAACGUCAGCUGCUUUCCGCACUGGCAGAGGCUGAAAAUAAGGAGGCCACACGCCAAGCCGCAGAGGAGUUCACACUCGAAGAAGCAGUUAUGAACUUCAGACUGACAUACGCCCCCACACUGUGGGAUACCGCAAAGCACCUGUGGGACAUUGAGGCAUUGCCUGACUUCAAGACCUUUCAGCCUUCGGCAUGCCUUGAGUCGGUUUUGGAAAGUUAUCUUGGAAUAUUAUAUAUAUGAUCGAUCUUGUAAGGCGGGGUGUAAAGUUCCUCUGGACUUCAUAAUGUGCGAAUGUAUAGCAAUGCGAAGAAAAACUCGGUCAGCUGAGGACAGCCAACGCACAGCAACAACUUGGGGUACCAUCAAAGUGCACUGCGAAGUUUCCUUCACUCACGCAAUCAAUCCUUUGCCAAUGGUUCCCAAGACCAUCGUUUGUGGUCGUGUUGAUCAUGGUGUCGGAAUUGUCAUCCGUUCUUGGAGAGUUCCUUAUCGGUCCUUUCACUCGGUCCUGCUGUGAGGCCGAAUUCCAUGGCGGCGUUACUGACGCUUUACCACAACUCGUCGUGUAUCUUGCAUCACUACGUCAAUCCCGCCUCAACAAAGGACGAAGCAACACCUCUGUCUAUGGCGUUGUGACAGAUGGUUUCGCUUUCGUCUUCGUAAUUAUUACACAUGAAGGCAUCCUCAAAGAAAGCCGUCUGUUCGAUCUCACGCACGGAUACUUGUCGAUUGUGUUAGGGUGCUUUCAUAUACAUCUUGGAGACUGCAAUGUCUAUGUCUCCAAGUUUGACGCCAGAAAGGUAUGCGUUGCAUGA